AUGAUCUUAUAUUUUUGGUCGUUAGCUGUUAUCUUGUCAUGUAGUAUUGUUAAUAACGUAUUUGCUGGUGGAGGUGGUGGUUAUCAACGACCAUCAUAUCAACCACCACAACCAUGGCCACGGCCACGUAAACCAUAUCAACCACGACCAUCUCCACCUCCUAUGCCUCCUCCAUUUCCACCUCCACCUCCACCUCCACCUCCACCUCCUCCAUCUCCACCUCUUUGUCCUCCACCUCCUCCCUGUCCUCCUCCACCACCACCUCCUCCAUGUCCACCACCGCCACCUCCAAUUCCAUGUCCUAAACCGCCUCCAUGUCCGCCGCCACCACCACCAGUACCUUGUCCACCUCCACCACCACCAAAGCCCUGUCCACCUCCAAGACCUCCACCUCCCUGUCCUCCACAAUAUUGUCCUCCUGCUCCACUUCCUCCUCCAUGUCCAAAACCUCCACCACCAGUGCCUUGUCCACCUCCACCACCACCAAAACCUUGCCCACCUCCACCACCUCCAAUGCCAUGUCCACCACCAAUCCCUUGUCCACCACCUCCACCACCACCACCAUGCCCACCUGCAUCACCACCAAAACCAUGUCCACCUCCACCUCCUUGUCCACCAAAACACUGUCCUCCGCCACCACCACCUGUCUGUCCGAAACCAGUGUGUCCACCUCCAUCCUGUCCAUCAUUGCCAUCAAAACCUUGUUCAUAUACGUCAACUUGCGCAUCUCCUCCACUACCAUCACCUGCUUGCAAAAGUGAUGGAGAAAUGUGCGCAAAAUAUGGUCAACGAUCAGGAGAUGUUGCAUCAUAUUCUUCCGGUAAUAUAAGAUUUGCAGCAAAAUCAAAACGAAGACAUAGAAGGAACAAACGAGAAGAAAUAAAUUUCAUUGUAAACAAUAUUUGUAACAGUGAAGAUCUGAUGAAUAUUAUGGAUCAGAUGACAGAAUUGGAAGGUGAAAUUGGCAAUCAUGGAUCUGGAAGUUUCGAGAUUAAUCAGGAAAAUGAGGGCAGUAUUGCUUUAAGUCCAAUUCAUUUAGAUUACCCGAUUGCUCAGACAACAGAUGACGUUGAUGAUUCAAAAGGUGUCGUUGAAAGUGAUGGUGAAAAGGAUAGUUCAUCUCAUUCGCAGUUUUCAUCACACGAAACCGAGAGAGAAAUGAAAGAGGAAGAUGCUGUUGACCACGAUAGGGAUUUGGAGCAAUGUUCCGAAACGAAAGAGAAGAUUGACGAUGAUUAUACAAAUCCUGCAAAUGAGAAUGAUGAAACGGAAAGAACAAAUUCAGUACAUGAGGAUGAUGAGAUGGAAAAAACAGAUACAAAUCACGAAACAAAUGAUAAUGAUUCGGAUGGAGAUGAAGGCAAACAGGCUGGUCCAUCGAAAUCACGACGCAUUAUGUUAUCCAGCGAUGAAGAAGAUAAUAUAGACACCGCACCAGCGGGAGCAAAGUCGAGAGAUGGUUCAGAAUCGGAAGGAGAUGGGGAGCAUGCUGAAGUCGGUGUCGGCGAAUUGAUGACCAAUAUAUUUGGGGAGGACAGCGAUGAUGAAAAGGAAAGUGAAGAUGCAGUUCAAACAAAGUAUCCGGCUGAAGGAAAUAGUCAAGAAGGAGAUGAUGAAGAACCUCGAUAUGUUCAUGAUGAAAAUGACGAGGAUGAUGGACGAGUUUGGGACUUUGACACUAUGAUGCGUGAAAAAAAAGCGGAGCGACGAAGACCAAGAAGGCGCCGACGAGAUGGUUCUAUUGAUGUUGGCGG